AUGUCAUCGAUGAACUUUGUCCGGGGGCUACAUGACCAUUACGGUAACAAGGAAUUAGCGAAAUUCGUAACUGGGAGGAAAGGGACGUAUACUUGCUGCGAAAAUGUGGGAAUCUUGAGUCGUUCCACUAGACACGGAUUUAAGGUUGAUACCAGCGGCCCCGAUACUCAUCUAGGCCCCCGACGCUCAUUAACAACGAACUUCCAACAACGUAAAGUCGCCAGCGUGUCGGGACGCACUCUGUGGGUGGCCCAGUCCGUUUUCAUAUCCAAGAUCCGAGUGUACGAAGAAGUAGACCAUGGCAUCGAGAAAACCGAUGAGUGUACGGCUGUUACGAUAGCUUUGACAAUAGCGGUGGCGUCGUACAAAUUGAUCGUUGAAAGAUUAACAUUUAAUGGCUCAGGCCCUGAUCGAGACCUAAUCGAUGGUCCUGAUUCAUGCCAGGCUAUUCAGGGUCACGAUGAUCUGAAGACCAAGAUUUUCGAAAGAGCUGGUAUCCCCCGAGUGCUUUUCAGGGAUAGUGCAGUAAAAACAUGCCGUUUGGAUUACAACCGAAUCCUAGUGACCGUUACGGAGCGUCGUCUACGAGUCACUGGUGCCCAGGAAACGCCAGACACUGGGUUCCAGGGUUGCCUCAGGGCGAGAAAAUGA